CUGGGCCCGGGAUAAAUGGCUGGGAGCAAAGGGGAAGCGCUGAGCUCCUGGUACCGGCAGCUGCAGGGAGCAGGAGGGGGCCCCGCGAGGAGCGAGCGAGACUCCCACGAUCAGCGCGGGAGGCAGGGAAAGUGCCGGCGCUGAGGUGCUGGGACUUGGGCGCAAACUUCUCGCCGAGUUUGCAGGCGCCGGGUCUAGCUCGGCUCCAGCGCGUCUCUGCUCCGAGAGGCGGGGCGGCGGAGCCAGCUCGGGGGUGGCUGGGUGGCCGCAGCGUGGCCGCUGGAGCCCGAAAGUCCGGGAGAGCCAACAGACCUGGAAGAAAGACUUUGUCUUGGAAUUAACCCUGGGGAGUUUUGAGGUCAUUCAUCAUGAAGUGUGUAACACAGGAAUGGCUCAGAGUAACUGCCUUGCUAUUCAUAGCUCAAACAGUUUCUUCAAUGGUUCUUCCCAAUGAUACUUUAUUAGAGGAACUUUUGGAAAAGUACAUGGAUGAGGAUGGUGAGUGGUGGAUCGCCAAGCAAAGAGGGAAAAGGGCUAUCACAGACAGUGAUAUGCAAAGUAUUUUGGAUCUUCAUAAUAAAUUACGGAGUCAGGUGUAUCCACCAGCUUCUAAUAUGGAAUAUAUGGUGUGGGAUGUAGAGCUGGAGAGAUCUGCAGAAUCCUGGGCUGAAACUUGUCUAUGGGAACAUGGACCUGCAAGCCUUCUUCCAUCAAUUGGACAGAAUUUGGGGGCACAUUGGGGAAGAUAUAGGCCUCCAACAUUUCAUGUCCAGGCAUGGUAUGACGAAGUGAGAGACUUCACCUACCCUUACCCUCAAGAAUGCAAUCCCUAUUGUCCUUACAGAUGUUCUGGUCCUGUUUGCACUCAUUAUACACAGGUGGUAUGGGCUACAAGUAGCAGGAUAGGUUGUGCUAUUAACUUGUGUCAUAAUAUGAACAUCUGGGGACAGAUAUGGCCAAAAGCAGUCUACUUAGUAUGCAAUUAUUCUCCCAAGGGCAAUUGGUGGGGCCAUGCUCCUUACAAACAUGGCCGCCCUUGUUCUGCAUGUCCACCUAGUUUUGGAGGAGGUUGCAGAGAAAAUCUUUGCUACAGGGAGGGUUCGGACAGGUCUUACUCCCCUCAUGAGCCGGAGGAGGAAACCAAUGAGAUUGAACGGCAGCAAUCCAAAGCACAGGAUACAACAUCACAAAGUCGAUCAAGGACCCAUUCACCUACAGGCUCCACAAGAAAUGAUGAUAGUGAAAGAAAUGAAGUAAUAAGCACACAGCAAAUGUCUCAGAUUGUUUCUUGUGAAGUAAGGCUAAGAGACCAGUGCAAAGGGACAACUUGCAAUAGGUAUGAAUGUCCUGCUGGCUGCUUGGACAGUAAGGGCAAAGUGAUUGGAAGUGUUCAUUAUGAAAUGCAAUCCAGCAUUUGUAGAGCUGCCAUACAUUAUGGUAUCCUAGACAACGAUGGUGGUUGGGUUGAUAUCAGUAGGCAAGGAAGGAAAAACUACUUCAUUAAAUCUUAUCGAAAUGGCAUUCAGUCAAUUGGCAAAUAUCAAUCUGCUAAUUCCUUCACAGUCUCCAAAGUAACAGUUCAAGCUAUCACCUGUGAAACAACAGUGGAACAGUUAUGCCCAUUUCAAAAACCAGCCUCACACUGUCCAAGAGUGUAUUGUCCUCGCAAUUGUUUGCAGGCAAACCCACACUAUGCUCGUGUAAUUGGAACGCGAAUUUAUUCUGAUAUGUCUAGUAUCUGCCGGGCAGCCGUACAUGCUGGAGUAGUUCGCAACCAAGGAGGCUAUGUUGAUGUUAUGCCAGUAGAUAAAAGGAAGGUGUACAUUGCCUCUUUUCAGAAUGGAAUAUUUUCAGAAAGUUUACAGAAUCCUCCAGGAGGCAAGGCUUUCAGAAUAUUUGCCGUCGUGUGAGUCCAAUUACAUAUGUGUUU